AAAAUUUUAACGGUAAAUCUUGAAGGUACGAAGAUUGUAAAAUUUUCAAAUGUUUUUUGAGAUUUUCAACCCAAAAAAUACGUUUGCCCAUCUGGUUUCAUUGAAAUCAUUACUGUCGAAUAAUUUGUGCAAUUGCACUGAUUUGCCCUUGGCGAGCAUGGAGCAAGUACGAGAUUCUGGAUAGAAAUCCUAAAUCAUGGUUAUCCUCGAGCAUUUACAAUUUUCAAUAUCAUUUUAAUUCUCACGAACAAAAGCACUUGAACAGUAUUGAAAAUUGCUAUGAGAAUUGAAGUAAAAGAAAAUCUCGUCUUUCAAAAUCGCUGUUUUCAAUGCAUUUUUUACAAAAAUUUCAAUAUUUCAAUACAAGAAAAUGAAACAAAUUGUUAGGACGUUACUCUCCGUGAAAAAAAAGGGUACAGAGUGAAAAAUCAUUUUUAAUAUCGUAAGAAGGAAAAGAGUGUUCAAUUGGAAGUGUUGAAAUGUGGUCCGAUGGCAGAGAAAUCAUAGGUCAGGUGAGUAAAAUAAAAAGUAUUUUUAAUUAAAUCCAGGGACGAGAAAGGAGCAUAAUAAACAACAAAAGUCGACAAAAUAUGUAAAUUGAUUUUUUUUGUAGCCUUGGAAAACUGACGGAUCGAGGGAUAAAAGUUGCACAGAUGUGAGGAAUUCUAAAACUAGAAGGAUCGCGAGUUAGCGGACUAUUUCGAAAUUCCUUGUUCGAGCCGGAGAUUCCAUGGCUCUGAUUUCGCCUGAUCAGCGAGUUGCGAUUGGCUGCGGUGUGUUCGAAGUCGUCAUAAUCGUCGCCUCAACUCAACUCCUUCCUUCGCUCUCACUCUCGCGCUAUUGCUUUAGAGCAAGAUUAAGAGAGGCGGAGAGGGGGGGGGGGGGAUUGGAGUCGAAAAAUCAUGCAGUCGAUCGUCAACAGCGUGUUUAACGAGUACUCGAAUAUCCAGCUCAGGUUCUCGCACGAAAAAACGUGCGUGCUCUUCGCGGUAUAACACUUCGAAUAUUAAACACAAGUGGAAAAAGGAAGAGCAAACAACAGAGUGUCGGUCGACGAAUGAUUGAUGGUUCGUCGCGAGUCAUUUUCCAUUGAUCCUAAACCGAACGAAGAGACGAAGCAAAGAGACGAAAAAAGCACGCUGCUUUCGACCCACUGCAAAUUUCGUCCACAAAACUUUUCCUCGUCACUCAAUAGCAACAGAUUUUAAUCGUUGAUACGACAACGCAACAAAAACAGCAAUGUAGAAGAGUCUCGCCGUGGAAACUGAAGAAUGAGUUUUGCGGAGGAUCGUCGCCGAAGUGUACCGAUAUUGCCCCCACCGAGGAAGCGAGUGCAACUGGAGAGAAGUUUGGGAAUGCAAAAUUUGUCGACGUCGACAGUAGGAGAGACAAGAAAAUAUCGUCCGAGUGCAUCGUUGUUGUUGACGAGAUGGUUGGCAUCGAGAAAGGCAUCGAUGGAGCAGCCGAGUCAGGAGGAGUUGUGGGUGUCGGAGGAGCAAUACAUGGAUUAUGGGAAGCCGCCACCGGCGGAAGAGCCCCAGUGUUAUUCGAUGUGCAGCGAGAGUUCCGGUUACGAGGAGGGGAUUUGUGGAUUAUCGAUGAGCCGUGAGAUGCUGAGUAGCAUUAUAACCGAGCACAUGAGAUAUUUGGGUGGGCGUUUGCACCUUCUGGAAGAUUUGGAGACGGGAAAAAUCGACAAGGAGAACAGCGAAAAGAUUUUUUCGAGUUGCAGGCCCGGGGAGAUCGAUGGGUUGUUGUUGCAAGCGAGUUUUCUCGGGCGAGACGAUCUUUUGCCGGGUUUAAUCGCGGCGGGUGCGGACCCGAAUCACACGGAGGAAGAGCGAGGAAUAACGGCGUUGCACUUGUGCUCUUACGUCGACUGUGUCGUAGGAGUGCGUUACCUGGUGGCUCAGGGGGCGAGGGUCAACGCGACACGACUGCACGCUCCGUUUCAUUACGCGGCUUACGGCAACGCGGUCUCGGUUGUACGUUACUUGUUGGAGAUCGGUGCGAGCCAAGAAUCCCAUCAGGGAGAAGAAACGGUUUUGCAUUCGGCAGCGAGGAACAGUUCCCUGGAGGUCUUGAAGCUUCUGGCGCCCAAGAACCUCUCGUUGAAUCGGUUAGACGGAAGCGGCUACGGGGCGAUUCACCACGUGGCUGAUCGCGGCGAUCCCGCGUGUUUAGCCGUUCUCAUAGAGGCCGGAGCACGACUGAGUCUCGCUACUUCUCGAGGCGACACCGCUCUUCAUCUCGCCGCCGAAGCCGCCUGCCCCGAAAAUCUCGAGCUCCUCGUCAGCAAAGGAGCCGACGUCACGGCUCGUAACAACCGAGGACAGACGGCCCUGCACCUUGCCUCACGAUCGCAUUCCCUCGAAUGCGUAGAAAUCCUCCUGCAAUGUGGACGCUGCGACGUCAACGCCGAGGACAACGAGGCUCGCACCUCCCUCCAUCUCUCGCUCGGUAGAUCCCUGCUCGCUUACGACGUCGCUGAAUAUUUGAUCAGCUGGCGAGCCGACGUCAACAAGCCCGACAAAUACGGCUACACGCCUCUUCACGUGGCCGCUCUGAACGAGCUCUCGCAAUGCGUCGAUGUCCUCAUCCAUCAUGGAGCCGAUUUGAGCGCCAGGACCCGUGGAGGGACUACCGCUCUGUCAAUAAUCCUCCGGAAAACUCCGACCUCCCUCAGCGUCUUCAAAAGACGUCUCGACGCCUCGAUCACGCUUCACCAGCAAAGCUCCACCGCUGGAGAAAUGGAACUGAGACUCGACUUCCAUCCUCUGCUUCAACAUCGUCGGGAAGGAGAGAUCGGUUACUUAGGGACUUUCGUUAAGGAAGGCUACAAAGAAAUUCUCGAGCAUCCACUUUGCCAGUCGUUUCUCUAUCUAAAAUGGCAAAAAAUACGUAAAUAUUACGUCGGGAGGUUGUUCUUUUAUCUACUUUAUGUUCUCGUUUUAACCGCUUGGGUAAUGACCGCCCUGGCUCACAACUGUUACAACGAGUCUCACGGACAACUCGAAGGAAAUGGGAGUUCCCCGUUGUGUGGAAACUCUACCGGAUUGAAAGGCUUUUUUCACCGAUAUCCGGUUGUUUUGGAAAUCGAAUGGUACGCUCUCGUCGUUCUGACGAUUCUCGAGGGCAUACGAAAAGCAACUGGAAUCCUGACUUAUCCCUCGGUCAGGCAAUUCUUCACGCAGCCGGAUAACGUCGUCGAGUGGUGCGUCAUCCUGAGCGUUUUCGCAACCUCCUUCGUUUACACCGGACGAACUUACACUUGGCAGAGUCACGUCGGUGCAUUCGCUGUACUCUGCGGUUGGAGCAAUCUCAUGCUCAUGAUCGGACAAUUGCCAAUGUUCGGGGCUUACGUCGCGAUGUUUACGAGCGUCCAGGCACAAGUUUUUAAGCUUCUGUUGGCUUAUGCCUGUUUGCUCGUUGGUUUUACCGCCAGUUUUUGCGUCAUUUUUCCCAAAUCAAAAUCUUUCUCAAGCCCUCACACCGGAUUGAUCAAAGUCUUGGUUAUGAUGACGGGCGAGCUGGACUUCGAGGAUCUUUUCUUUCCUGGCGAGGAGGACGUCGGUCGUCACGUCGACGUUGGCAGCACUUCUUGGAUUCUCCUCCAAGUCUCUGCUCAACUCUCUUUCGUCUUGUUUCUUCUAUUCGUCACGAUCGUCUUGAUGAAUCUUCUCGUCGGGAUCGCCGUCCACGACAUCAAGGGCCUCCAAAAAACUGCGGGACUCGCCAAACUCGUCAGACAAACGAAACUCAUUUGCGACGUCGAGAGCGCUCUUCUCCUCGCGCUUUUACCCAACAAAAUCAUGAAGAUCGUACGAUGGACGACCCUCGUACUGCCUUCGCCGCUGCGAGCCGUGCUUACCGUCAGACCCCUCAAUCCUCGGGAAAAGAGACUCCCGGCUGAUGUUCUCGCGGCCGCUUAUCGAGUCGCGAAAGAACGAAAAUUCGUCUCGAUCCACGCGAAACGCAGCGACAGCCUCGCUUUCACUCAUCGUCGUAAGAGCGACGCCUUUUCGACCGUUCGACGCCACGACAACAUCCUCGAUUACGACGACACUACCGCCGAUUCGUAUCGCAGAAAUUCUAAAUAUCGCAUCGCCGAAGAAAUUGCUGAUUUGACCAAAAUCUGCGAGGACAACAGAAAAUUGAUCCAGGACCUCGCCGUCAUCCUUGCAACGAGUGACAACAAACUCACGUCUUCGAGCAAUCAGGAACGCGAAAAUUCACAAGAUCGGAAAAAAGUGGAAAAAACACGAAGAAAAAAUCGUCGGUGGAGGGAACAAAUGGAUCCGAAUGAAACGAAGAGUUUAAGGGCGCCGAUUUUCAACGAAAAUCAUUACAGACCCCGCCAUUACUCACUGGGAAAUUUGCAAGAACAAAUAGGCACUCGAGAACCACUCUCGGUCCGUUUGUCCUCGACAUACAGAUCAGCGAGAUGCCCGAGGUCGAGAGAAUUGCCGGAGAAGGUGGUGGUUAUAGAAGAAGAAGAAGAAGAAGAGGAGAACGGAGCCGGCCCGAGGAAGGGAGCCGUGCAAGAGAUCGAUGCCGGUGAACCGCCACCCGUUGAUGAAAGUUUAUUUUUCGAUAAUCUCGAGGAUUUCAGAGAUGCUAAAAUCAAUGGUACGAGCUUGAAAAGCGCGAUGUGGUCGGUCGUGAGCGUGGGGGAAAUGAAAAUAUUGCUGGAGAUGGAAAGGGGCGAUUUGAACGUACCGGAAAUGGAAAUGGUCUCGGGAGGCUAUCAAGAAAGGGUGAAAAACAUCGCUUACGUUUGGGCCUGUUUUCGUGGCAUGGUCAAAUUAUUACCAAAGUUAGAAGCCGUUGGUGCUAAAUUGGAUUACGUCGAGCCUUGCACAGGAAUAAAUGCAAUUUUAGCAGCGAGUCUCUCCGGGAGUGUCGCCUGUUUGAAGCACCUCGUCGAGCGUGGUGCCGACGUUAAUUACGUCAGCUCGAUCAACAAUUACACACCCCUGCAUUUCGCUGCUUUUGGCAAUUGUCACGAGGCUGCUCAAUUGCUGCUCGACAACGGAGCCCUGAUAAAUCCUGGCGGAGGCCUCGAGGUCGAGCCCGCUUUGCACUCGGCCGUCAGAGCAAAAUCCUACGAAGUUGUGAUGCUUUUUCUCGAACGAGGAGCCAGCGUCGUUCUAAAGAAUUAUCAAGGCGAGACUCCUCUCCACGUCGCUUGCUUCGUUCAAUCAAUAAACUGCGUCGAAGCGCUACUCAAAACUCCUGGCAUCGAUGUCAACGCUCUCGAUCGCGCUCACCGCACUCCUCUUCAUCUCGCUGUCAUGACGACCAGCUCCUCCGUCGAUCUCGUCGAGCUACUCAUCAAACACGGCGCACAAGUUAAUUCGAGCGACAAGGUCGGAUUUACGCCGCUUCAUAUUGCCGCGCUCAACGAACAAUCGCAAUGCGUUGAUAGCCUUAUCUGGGCCGGUGCGGACGUCAGCGCCACUACGAACGCCGGCCUAUCCGCUCUCAAUGUAAUUCUACGAAAAAUACCGGAAUCCCUCAAGAUCUUUCGCCAACGUCUCGAUGCUUCGAUUCGUCUUAAACGUCCGGUUGCUCACAAUCGGGAAUUCGAAAUGAGGUUCCACUUCGAUCUAUUAUUCCCGAGCAAUAAUCCUUGCGAAACUAGCUUCAUCAAUACCUUCGUACAAGAACGUCGGAAAGAUCUUCUCUCGCAUCCCCUCGUAAUGGCUUUUCUCCAUCUGAAAUGGGAAAAAAUACGAAAAUUUUAUCUCAUGAGAAUCCUCCUGUACGCCAUGACGGUUAUUUGCAUGACGACUUACGUCCUCACCGCACUCGCUUACAAAUGUUACAACCACGAAGACACCGGUGCCUCGAAAGUAUGCACCAGCAAACGUUUGACAGGUUUUCUCUUUCGCAAAACUGUCAUUGAAAUCGAAUGGUACAUGUCCGUCUUUCUCAUUUGUAUAACGAUACCGCGUAAAAUAUUUGGUUUCAUAGUGUCCAAAUCGGCGAGACAAUAUUUUUCAAACAUCGAAAAUGUCCUCGACGGUGUCGUAAUCGUUAGUGUUUUCGUAACUUCCUUCGUUUAUACCGGCAGAACUUAUGACUGGCAAAAUUACGUUGGUGCUUUUGCUAUUUUGUGCGCUUGGACGAAUCUCAUGCUGAUGGUCGGACAACUUCCGGCUUUUGGAACUUACGUAGCGAUGUUUACUCACAUACAAUUCGAAUUUGCGAAACUGUUGCUCGCUUAUUCCGGACUCUUGAUCGGUUUCACCAUCAGCUUUUGCGUUAUUUUCGUCGGUGAACCCUCCUUCGGUAAUCCCUUCACAGGACUCAUCAAAGUCCUGGCCAUGAUGGCUGGGGAAUUGGAUUUCGAGGGGCUGAUGAAUCAGGCCGAAAAUCAUAGCACGGAUGGACACUUUGUUCUUUAUCAUCCUCUCUCUGUUUGCUCACAAAUAUUAUUCACCCUUUUUCUCGUAUUCGUAACGGUUAUUCUCAUGAAUUUAUUGGUCGGCAUAGCCGUCCAUGAUAUUCAGGGACUCCGGAAUCAUGCCGGCCUUACAAAACUCGUGCGACAAACGAAAUUGAUUUUAUUCACCGAAAUGGCUCUUCACAAUGCCACGAUACCUUACAUCUUCAGAAAAUGGAUGUACGAUCAUGACAUUGACGUUGAAAAUCGUAAACAAGUGUUGGUCGUCAAGCCCCUUAAUCCAUUGGAAAAACGUUUGCCCAAAGAGAUUCUCAAAGCCGCGUACGAAAUUGCUCAGAGAAGCGUACCCUUGAAUAUCGACGAGGACGUGACCCUGAGCGAGCACGUUACAUGGAUGAGACGACGACAAUACGACGAGGAUAAUCCUCACUCCAAUAUGCAUCGAUCUCUCGAUAAACUCUUUAUCGAAAUGGCUGCAAACACCGAAGAUCUUUGUGCAAUAAAAAAACAAUUGCUCGAUAAUAAUAAAAUUCUAGCUGAUAUUAUCUCGAAAAUCACUGGGAAACAGAAGUUAUGAUAUUUUCACCAAAGAGUCAUCAGUUUGAGAGACAAUUUAAAAUAAUUAAACAAAUAACAAAAUCCAACGAAAAGACAGUGAUACCGAGUGAACGCUUAAAUAUUAUCGUCGCUUCGUAUUUAGUGUUCCGAUUUAAUUGUUUAUUUCUACUCGUUGGAACCAUGCGGACAAAAACAAAUGCAUUGUCGACAAAACAGCUGCAAUUUGCACAUAUUUAUAUUGAAGUUAAAAAAUUGCCUCUUUUUCUCGUUGAUAGUAAAGAAUUAUAAAUUCAUUGAGGAUUUUACCAUCUUGAAACUUUGGUAAUAUUUCCAUUGAUAUUCUCGGGACUGGAAAAUCAAGUUGACGUUGAAGCUACGGUGGAAAGUGGCGGUUUCACCGGUCAGUCCGGUGCAAUACGCUGGGGAAUUGCUUGGGCUUUGCGCAGUUUCGUUGACCCGGAA